AUGUUCACCCUCCCCGCCCGGUAUGGGCGCUGGGUGCCUAUUCUUGCCCCGCUGGCUCUCGUCUUCCUCUUUCUGCAUCUCCACAGCAGUUUAAGGGACUCUGCGGUCAUCGUGGAACCGGCUGCUUCGAACCAGAGGGAAGCGAACAAGACCGAAGUCGACAUUUCUUCGGCUUGCCGCCCGCUGCCUGGCAUCGAGGAUGUACUCGUUAUUCUCAAGACAGGCAUCACCGAGGCACAGGAUAAAGUGCCGGUGCACGUCCGCACGACGCUUCGGUGUAUCCCGCAUAAGCUGAUUGUCUCAGAUUACGAAGAAGACAUCGCUGGCUUGCGCACACGGGAUGUCUUUCAUAAUGCCAGCGCUUCAAUGCUAUCGAGCGACGACUUCGCUAUCUACCAUCGUGCUCGCAGUGGCGGCCGAGCAGGUCUUCUUCAGCAAGAUCACACAAAAGUCGCCAACGGCCCUUCCGGUAUGAUGGACAAUCCGGGCUGGAAGCUCGACAAGUGGAAGUUCUUGCCGAUGGUCCAGGAAGCGCGGGCUUAUCGGCCCGAGGCCAAGUGGUUCGUCUUCCUCGAAGCUGAUACCUACCCGAUCUGGACCAAUCUACUGGCUUGGUUGGCGCAAUUCGACGCCGAAAGACAACUGUACAUUGGAAAUCAGAUGCAAAUCGGGGAAAGCAUGUUCGCCCACGGUGGCUCCGGCUUCGUUCUUUCCAAUUCUGCGAUCCACAACGUCGCGGAUCUUGUCACCAAGUACCCCGAGGAAUGGGAGAAAAUCACCAAUGCCCAGUGGGCGGGUGAUUGCGUAUUGGGCAUGGCACUCUCUACAAUUCAUAUCAGCUUGGUUUGGUCUUGGCCGCAUGUUACCACCGAGUCCGUCUGGGGACAGGAUGCCUUGGGCGAGGGCUUUGGUAAGAAGCAGUGGUGUCAUCCUCCGUUUACUUUCCACCACAUGAGUCCCGCAGACGUUGAUCGUAUGUGGGACUUUGACCAAAAGUGGUUCUCUAAUGAAAACCACACUGUUCUCCACUAUGGAGACAUAUUCACUCAUUUUGUCCGACCAACAUUGGCGCAUCACCUCGAUAAUUGGGACAACUACGCAAGAGACGAGUAUAAAAAGAAGAACUCUGAAGGCAUUGAAAUUCCCAUGACCGUCUGGGACUGUGCAGAGCAUUGUGCCAGUGACAGGGCGUGCCUGCAAUAUCGAUUCUCAGACGGGAAGUGCUAUACCUCGCCGCAAGCUCUUCGUGGAACACCUGCUCCCGGUGUCGAGUCGGGUACCUUGAUGUGGCGCGUCGACGCCGCCGUUGCGGCGAAGGAAAAGUGUGAAAAGCCCUUUCCUAUCCCCGAUUCCCAAAUCGCCAACAACGCGCGCGGCCACUUUAUUCUCUUCUUGAAUGAAAAAUUUCACCUCGCCUUCCCACUUGGCAUUUGUCCGGAAGAAAACGAAUUUCUCGACCACACCCUCAAAAUCCGCUUUGUCGCCGCCUGCCUGAAGUCGGGUGUAGUUCGGGUUCAGCGUGUCCUCGCAAAACGCGCGUGCGUCGGCAGGGUCACCGGUGAAGAGGCCAUCGAACCAAUUUUUGAAUAUUUCGGCCGAUAA